UUUAUGCCAUCAAUACACACACGCACACGCAGAGUGCCUCAAAAUUCCACAGAGGGAAGUUCACAAACACUGGGUGUGCAAAAUGGCCCAACUUCAAUCAAUCUCCGAUCUUAAAACCCUAGUCGAUCCCUUUGACGAUGACGACGAUAAUUCCUCAAUUCAAGUCGUUGAUGAUUUAUCAAUCUCGAAUAUUAAAACCCUAUUCAAUCCCUUUGAUGAUCCCUUUGAUGAUGACGACGAUAAUUCUUCAAUUCAAGUCGUUGAUGAUUUAUCAAUCUCCGAUAUUAAAACCCUAGUCAAUCCCUUUGAUGAUUACGACGAUAAUUCCUCAAUUCAAGUCCUUGAUGAUUUAUCAAUCAUAGAUUUCUACUUCUCAGCAGUCGUCUCCAACGAAAACGAAGAUCAGAUGUUCCCAAUUUCCGAUUCCAAGUACGCCGAAGAAUUGCAAUUCCAAGAAGCUCUCAUGUCUUCCGUAAUCGCUUCCAAAUCAUCUGUUCCGCCAUUGAUGAUGAUCGAAGAAAAAGCGAAAGCGGAAGAAGUCGGUGAAUCGUCUCACUGUUUCUGCGAGAUUUGCGUUGAGAAGAAAGAAUCCCAUGAAAAAAAUUUAUUGUAAUUUAUCGUUUUAUUCAUAAAUUUUUUUUUUUCAAUGUAGGAGGGAUUUCAUUUUCGAAGUUCGCCUAGGACGUCCUAAAUCUUAGAGCCGGCCCUGAAUCUUAUCUUUUAAUUUUAUGCAUUUCAAUUCCGAAGUUAGAAUCCACUCUUUGCCUAUAAAAGGGUGUGCUGCGUCUCGUAAAAAUAGAGUCAAAAAGCAAAAUCUUUAUAAUUUUUCAAGUAUACAAUAAAAGUUUUCAAUUUCUAUA